UAAUGAGGAUAGGGCAGGAAAGAAACAGUAAGAAUUUUUAGUCUAAACAUACACAGAGCUGCUGCAAAAGUUUGCAAUAAAGAGCAGUCGAUCAAGAGAUGUGUUUGUUGCCAAUUGCAUAUCAGGGCAUGAUUUCACACAUGAUGCUUCUAUUUUUUGAUGAAAGCGUCAAUAAAUAUUUACCUUUUUAAUGCUUCAAUCCAAAUACAGAUCGACACAUGAAACAUAGCAGCAUAUAUAUGCCCCCAUAUGGGAGUCUGCCAUCCAAAGAUUCAUCGAGCAAACAUACAAAAACUCUAGCCCACCACCUCGCCACUAUCCCCCAACUUUGUCAAUUCUUCUAUUUGCAAUGGAGAAUGUUGUCGUGCUGAUUGUUGGUGCUGGGCCAGCAGGGCUCGCAACGGCGGCAUGCCUUAGCAAGUUCUCAAUUCCCUAUGUCAUUGUCGAGCGUGAGGACUGCAGCGCGUCACUUUGGCGCAACCGUGCGUACGAUCGCCUCAAGCUGCAUCUUGCAAAGGAGUUCUGUGAGUUGCCACACAUGUCAUACCCGGUAGAUGCACCAACAUACAUACCAAAAAAUAUAUUUGUGAAGUACUUGGAUGACUAUAUUGACCGUUUCAAUAUCCAACCAAAGUAUCUUACUAACGUGGAGUCAUCCACAUAUGACAAUGACAAAAAAUGUUGGUCCAUCGUGGCACAUGACAUGGCAAAGUGCACAAUAGUCAAGUUCACGACAAAGUUUCUUGUCGUGGCAAGUGGUGAGAAUAGUGCACAGAAUAUCCCAAUGAUCCUUGGGCUGCAAAGUUUUCCUGGUGAUGUCAUCCACUCCUCAAGCUACAAGUCAGGAAAGAGUUACUCUGGCAAGAAUGUAUUGGUCGUUGGAUCUGGAAACUCCGGGAUGGAAAUUGCUUAUGACCUUGCGACCCAUGGUGCCAAUACUUCGAUCCUUAUACGAAGCCCGGUAUGUACAUGCAGUAUAUAUUUCAUUGGGUACAAUUUCUAUAUAGUUACUACUAGAAGCAUUGCAAUUUUUCAGUGUUAUUACUAAUAGAAAGUAUUUAGUAAAAUAGAGUGAUGGACUGUUUUAUAACAUGCACAAACAACUAAGAAACUAGAGGAACUAAAGGACAAAAAUAUUAACUCUUGACAGAAGACGAUUCUAUGAAAUUUUAUUUUAUCAUGCAUGCUUCUAAAGAGCUGACAUAUUUUUUGGUUGCAGAUUCAUGUGAUGACGAAGGAAUUAAUCCGGUUGGGGAUGACACU